GUCAUAUUAAUACACGCCGCCACGAUAAUUACCAAUGCCGGACGUACAUUCGCUUCGGCGCGGCGCGGCACGGCGUCCAUCGCGCGACGGUCACAUAAGCGCGAUGUCGCAUUAUUCAUCAAAGUAUUGCAUGUGUACCUAUACAUAUAUUAUUGUACGUCAUAAUGCAAUUCUUCAAUCUCCUUUUUACGAUAAUCUAUUAUAAAAAUUCUAAAGGUGUCCAUGUCCGGCAAGUCCCGUUAAAAUUAAAUGCGAGAAAAAGUAUUUGAUCAUAUAGAUGGAUCGGCGUGCGCGCGGUUACCACCUUCUCCGCGGCCGCCUCGUUUUCCGAACAAAAUUUCGACGCCGGCCGGGAUAAAUUUGGAACAACCGCCUUGCGGAUGUAACUCAACUACGCUCCACGUUUUCAGCCUUAGUUUCGUGUCGAGGGCAUGCGAGAGUCACACGCGUUUUCUUAUGGCAGAAAACACUAUCGGAUAUUUGCGAGUGAACGAGGAGUUUAUGCUGUGUCCAUGUUGAAAGAUCCUUCGUGACUCUAAAGAAUUGUCCAAAGAUUUGAAAAAACGAUCGAAAGAGUUUUAUCUUUCGUGACUGUGUGGUUGCGAUUAACUGCAGUUAUUAGCAGCCCUGAUGUAACAACUUUAAACACUUUAAAUUAAAUAGUUACCGUGUUUGUGUGUUUGCGUUUGAUUCGCAACGAUUACUUCCCUUUAUACUUACAUCACUCAUCAAUAUCCAAAUUAUAUCGAUCGGUUUAUUUUUAAACAAAUGUUGGAUAGAAAUAUUAAAUUCGACAACAACAUCAAUAAAUUCAUUUAUACGUGGGAUCAGAGGGAAAAUCUAAUUAUUAGCAAUUAAAGCUAAGUGACGAAGGUAAAGGGUAAAGCGCGGUUUCGCAUUCGCUAUGUAAAUGGAGAAUGGAGAAUGGAGAAUCUAAUAAGAGGAUAUACCUAAUACCCGCGAUCUAAAGGAGGCAACUGGCAAGUAGAAAAUGCCGCGCGCGCGAACGGAGGUGUUCGACGUGAUGGAAGUGGAGAAACCGUCGAGGUGCAUCAAGUUCCUCCGGCUGCUAUGGAAAUUCAGCAGAUGCGUCUUCUCUCACGUGACACUAAUCUCCUUGGUGGUUGCUUAUUGUCUAAUCGGCGCAUAUGCCUUCGAGUCACUGGAAGCGAAUCACGAGAGGGAGGUGAAGAAGAGCAUCAAAAAUAUACGAGGGAACGUUUCGGAAAAGCUAUGGGAAAUUACCAAGGAUUUUGACGUGUUGAUUCGCAAAAAUUGGACGGAGCAGGCGUUGAGCGAGCUGAAGAAGAUUAUUUGUUCACGAAUAAUGCGCAAUGCAGAAAUUCGAGGAUUGCCUCCUGAAAAAAAUGGAAAAGGAAGGAUGGGAUGGCAGCGAAGAGGAGGAUGAUAUUCAAUGGACAUUUGCCG